AGAUGGGGUUUCACCAUGUUGGCCAGGCUGGUCUCCAGCUCCUGACCUCAGGUGACCCGCCUGUCUCAGCCUCCCAAAGUGUUGGGAUUACAGGUGUGAGCCGCCACGCCCAGCCAAUGAAACAAUAUUGACACCUCAAUAGGCUUGAUGUAUUCUGACAUUUUUCUGUUCCAUUUUAUUAUUUUUUUUUAGAGACAGGGUCUCACUUAGUGGUGCCAUCAUGGCUCACUGCUGCCUCAACCUCCCGGGUGCAGGCGAUCCUCCCACCUAGCCUCCUAAGUAGCUGGGACCACAAGUCACCACCAUGCCUGACUAAUUUUUGUAUUUUUUGUAGAGACAGCGUUUUUUGCCACGUUGUCCAGGCUGGUCUGCAACCCCUGAGCUCAAAAGAUUCACUUGUCUCAGCCUCCCAAAAUGCUGAGGCGUGAACCACCAUGCCUGGCCUGUUCCAUUUUAUUCUAUCUGAAAAUAUUAAAUGAUGGUUGAGACCCAAUAAACUAAUUUCACACCCCUUAACUUUUAUUCACCACAAUUACAUUAAAACUGCCGAUUGCACCAUUUAAUGUAAAGGGUCAGGAAAAUAUUAAAUUUUUUAAAGCUUUUACUACAAAACAAAGUUGAGGAUUGAAAUACAGACCUCUGACAAAUCCCUUAGGUGCUGGUGCUGCUAAAAUAAAUUAGAUGCAGCUGACUUCAUUAAGGCGUCUCCCUGUGGCUUUCACUCUUGGGCAGAAAGAGGAAUCAGAUAAGGAAAAGGUAAGUUUGGUUUUCAUGCGGAGUAGGCAGACUGGGGGCCCAUAAUAUAUACAUAUACAUAUACAUAUACAAUUUUUUUUUUUUUAAAACGGAGUUUCACUCUGUCCAGCCCAGGCUGGAGUGCAGUGGUGUGAUUUCGGCUUACUGCAGCCUCCACUUCCCAGGUUCAAGCGAUUCUCGUGCCUCAGCCUCCUGAGUAGCUGAGACUACAGGUGUGCACCACCACGCCCAGCUAAUUUUUGUAUUUUUAGUAGAGUCAGGGUUUCACUAUGUUGUCCAGGCUGGUCUCGAACUCCUGGCCUCAAGUGAUCCAUCUGCCUCAGCCUCCCAAAGUGCUGGGGAUCCUCCUACCUCAGCCUUCCGAGUAGUUGGGACUACAGGCAUGAGCUAUCAUGACGGGCUAAUUUUUUUGAUUUUUAGGUGAGACGAGGUCUUGUAAGGUUGCCCAGGCUGGCAUCAAACUCCUGAGCUCAAGCAAACCUCCUGCCUUGCCCUCUUAAAGUGCUGGGAUUACAGGCAUGAGCCACCACACCUGGCCAAAUUUACCAUCUUAACCAUUUUUUUAAAGAGAUGGGGUCUCACUAUGUUGCCCAGGCUGGAGUCCAACUCCUAGCCUCAAGUGAUCCUCCUGCCUCAGCCUUCUGAAUACCCGGAACUACAGGCCUGAGGCACCUGGCAGGCCUACCUUAACGUUUUUUAAGUGUACAGUUCAGUAGUGUUAAGUACAUUCAUACUAUUAUGAAACUAAGACUUUGAAUUUAUCCUCCAGGCAACUGAGAUUUAUGGAAUUACUGAAAGAUUUCAGGACCCUACUAGAGGUUUAGGAAGGUUGUCUUGGGGGAUGGGUGUAGUGGGAGGUAGGCGAUGGAGGCUAGCAGGACUGGAAGGGAUUGUAAGUCUAAAAGCUUGCAGGGGGCCUUGUAAGUGAGGGUUGGUUUCUGGCUUGGUCACAGGGUUUUCUGCCAGAGAGGAAGUUAGAGAAGGGAACUCAACACACCACUGGCUGAGUACCAAGCCUGUAUGGGCCAGAUGCUUUCUGAGGGCUGCACACUUGAGCUAGCCAGCCACAUCUUGCCAGGAUGUGCUCUGUUAACCCCUACAGUUAAAACAAAAUGGGAGGGGGGUCAGAUUAGUUGCAAAAAUGGAAAAAUUUGGAGAUCUCACUUUUUUUUUUUAGACGCAGUUCCACUCUUGUUGGCCAGGCAAUGGCGCGGUCUCGGCUCACUGCAACUUCUGCCUCCUGAGCUCAGAUUCUCGUGCCUCAGCCUCCCGAGUAGCUGGGAUUACAGGCACCCACCACCAUGCCCGGCUAAUUUUUUGUAUGUUUAGUAGAGACGGGGUUUCACUGUGUUGGCCAGGCUGGUCUCGAACUCCUGGGCUCAGGCGAUCCGCCCGCCUCAGCCUCCCAAAGUGCUCGGAUUACAGGCGUGGGCCACCGCGCCCGGCCAACGCCCUGCUAAUUUUAUCAUUUUCUUGUAGAGAUGGGGUCUGGCUGUGUGGCCCAGGCUAGUCUCCAAUUCCUUGCUUCAACUGAUUUCCCUGCCUCAGCCUCUCAAAGUGCUGGGAUUACAGGUGUGAGCCAACGAGUUCGGUCUCACUCUACUUUAAAAAGACCUUUUAAUCAAUAUAUAACAGACAUAUAGAAAAGGACACAAAUAAGCGUAGCGCUUAGUGAAAUGUUCACAAAGCAACAACACCUGAGAUGAACCAGCACUCACAUCAACAAGCUGAACGUUGCUAGCAUCUCUGGAGUGAUGCUCAUUUAGCCCUACGAAACCUCAUGAAGCCGACCGUUUUAUUACUCCCAUUUUACGCAUGAGGAAAACAAGCGUGGAGAGGUCGGUCUCAAGCAAAGCCCUGUUGAAACCGGCAUUUGAAUCAGAUCCGCUGACUGACUCCAAAGCCAAUGCUCUCAAACAGCAGGUUUGGGGAUUAGACGCUGAGUUCAGCUUUGAACGAUGUUGAGUGGGCGUCUCGUUUUACAGAAACUUACUUCCCGACGUCACAGCCACAGAAACCACAGGUAACCAGACGUCAGGCCACCGACGCCUUGGUCUACACAGCGCAGCCUCCAGUGAGCCCGCGGCAUGACGCGCGGCCUCCCCACACACGAUGGCGGUGUCGCAACCACAGUCUAAGGAGUGGCGCUCUCUACUGUCGCGGAAUUCUUGAGGCCGGAAGAAUAACAGGGCAAAGGUCACGUAGACGGCGAGCCCCGCCCCGUACGCCUAAGUUCUCGCGCGAUUCCUACUUCCGCCCUUUUGGCUCUCUGACUAGCAUCAUGGCGGUUGGCAAGAACAAGCGCCUUACGAAAGGCGGCAAAAAGGGAGCCAAGAAGAAAGUGGUUGAUCCAUUUUCUAAGAAAGAUUGGUAUGACGUGAAAGCACCUGCUAUGUUCAAUAUAAGAAAUAUUGGAAAGACGCUCGUCACCAGGACCCAAGGAACGAAAAUUGCAUCUGAUGGUCUCAAGGGUCGUGUGUUUGAAGUGAGUCUUGCUGAUUUGCAGAAUGAUGAAGUUGCAUUUAGAAAAUUCAAGCUGAUUACUGAAGAUGUUCAGGGUAAAAACUGCCUGACUAACUUCCAUGGCAUGGAUCUUACCCGUGACAAAAUGUGUUCCAUGGUCAAAAAAUGGCAGACAAUGAUUGAAGCUCAUGUUGAUGUCAAGACUACCGAUGGUUACUUGCUUCGUCUGUUCUGUGUUGGUUUUACUAAAAAACGUAACAAUCAGAUACGGAAGACCUCUUACGCUCAGCACCAACAGGUCCGCCAAAUCCGGAAGAAGAUGAUGGAAAUCAUGACCCGAGAGGUGCAGACAAAUGACUUGAAAGAAGUGGUCAAUAAAUUGAUUCCAGACAGCAUUGGAAAAGACAUAGAAAAGGCUUGCCAAUCUAUUUAUCCUCUCCAUGAUGUCUUCGUUAGAAAAGUAAAAAUGCUGAAGAAGCCCAAGUUUGAAUUGGGAAAGCUCAUGGAGCUUCAUGGUGAAGGCAGUAGUUCUGGAAAAGCCACUGGGGAUGAGACAGGUGCUAAAGUUGAACGAGCUGAUGGAUAUGAACCACCAGUCCAAGAAUCUGUUUAAAGUUCAGACUUCAAAUAGUGGCAAAUAAAAAGUGUUAUUUGUGA